AGUAAAUAUUUUUGGGUUGGAGACGAUAAGCAAUGAGGUCACUAUACUAUUUUCACCCAAGAAAAAAAUGUCUCCUUGCAGAACAAGUUUUGUUUUGUUCACGGCGUUGCAAAGAUGCUCCUUUUAAAGGACCCUUCAGUUCAGUCAAAUAGCAGAGUUCCUACUUGCUACUGCAGCGAGAGAUCUAGAUAGAGAGAGUGUGAGAAAGAGAGAGUUGCAGAUGGUCAUGGCGGGUCCAAAAGAUGGGCAUGUUCCACUAUUCGAGACGAAGGAAGCAAAGGGUCGAGUGGUUUAUCGAUUGUUUGCUUUGUCCAUGCUUGUGGCCAGCUGUAUGGUUUUGGUGUACAGAGUGAGGCAUAUCCCAUCUGGAGAAGAAGCUCGAGGAAGAUGUGUUUGGAUUGGACUCUUUGUUGCUGAACUCUGUCUCUCUUUCUCUUGGCUCCUCCAUCAACCCGUUGGUUGGAACCCUGUUUAUCGCUACACCUUCAAGGACAGGCUCUCCCAAAGGUACGAGAAGGAAUUGCCGGCGGUGGAUAUAUUUGUAUGUACGGCGGACCCAAAAGUGGAGCCACCAAUAAUGGUGAUCAACACUGUGUUAUCAGUUAUGGCCUAUGAUUAUCCGCCGGAGAAGCUCAGCGUUUAUCUUUCCGACGACGGCGGGUCUGAGUUGACGUUCUACGCAAUGAUUGAAGCAUCUCGCUUCUCUAAGCAUUGGCUCCCAUUCUGUAAGGAAUUCAAAGUGGAGCCUCCAUGCCCCUCAGCUAUUUUCUCUAGUCACUCUCACCCUCCUUGUCCUCACAUGGCCAAUCGCUACUGUUCCAUUAAGAAAUUGUACGAAGAGAUGGAGGAACGGAUCAAGAUUGUGACGGAGCUAGGUCGAGCUCCACAAGAAAUCCGCGAGGAACACAAAGGUUUUCUUGAGUGGGAUUCAUUUUCUAGUCCACGUGAUCAUCAUACCAUCCUUCAGAUAUUAAUUGAUGGAAGAGACCCCAAUGCUGUGGAUAUGGAAGGAAAACCAUUGCCAACUCUGGUAUACAUGGCCCGUGAGAAGAGACCCCAAAACCAUCCUAACUUCAAGGCUGGAGCUAUGAAUGCACUGAUAAGGGUGUCUUCAAAGAUUAGCAAUGGACCAAUUAUUCUCAAUGUGGACUGUGACAUGUACUCAAAUAAUUUAGAUUCAGUGAGAGAUGCCCUGUGUUUUUUCAUGGAUGAGAAGGGCCACGAGAUUGCCUUCGUUCAGUAUCCACAGAGCUUCAACAAUAUAACUAAGAAUGAUAUCUAUGGAAGUUCCCUCAGAGCACUUUUUGAGGUGGAUGCCUAUGGUUUGGAUGGCUAUGGAGGGACUCCCUAUAUGGGAACUGGGUGUUUUCAUAGGAGAGAUACCCUAUGUGGCAGGAAAUACACAGAGGAUUACAAGAGAGAGUGGCAACCAGAGACCGAUAGAAUUGCAGGAGAAAGUCUGAAUGAAUUAGUAGAGAGAACAAAGGCACUUGCCAGUUGUAACUAUGAAGAGAACACUCAAUGGGGAAAAGAGGUC